AUGAGCGCACCACAGCAGCAGGUAUAUAUCCAGCAGGCGCCGCCGCAGCAAUCGGUGCUCUCUAAGCUCGGCAUGGGCGCUGUCAUGGGCUCGCUUGUCGGCCUGACCAUUGGAUUCAUCGGUGGCGGUUUCCAGAUCCUUCGCGCGGGUCCGGGUCCCCGUGGCGUCAUGGGCACGCUCGCUCAAUAUAUGCUGUCGUCGGGCGCUACAUUCGGCUUCUUCAUGUCGAUCGGUUCGGUGAUUCGCACAGAGUCGCUGCCGAGCUCCCAGGAGCAACGCUGGCGUGCUGCCUAUCGCGCGCACGGCGUGCGUAUUGCUCGUGCCGCGCACCAGCAUGCGUAA